AUGUCGGAAAGUGAUCAAUUGUCUGAUAUGGAAGAUUUCAACUCCACCAAGAGCGUUCUGACUCCAAAGGAAGUAUACGAUUUCGAUACCAAUGUGAGCACCGAAAAACCACAAAAGCAGAAAAGAGUCACCUUCGCCGAACCAAUGGUUCUGUAUCCUUUAACUGAAGGGCAGGAGAUUAAAUCCUCAAUGCAACAAACUCGGAGGAGUACGAAAUCGGGACAAGAGCAAAGUGCCAAAACCACUCGCAAGAAUAAUUCGACAAGCCAACUUUCACCAAGAUUAUACAAUUUUGAUUCGGACCCAGUUGAAAAUGUGUUGGACUCGAAAAGUUUGUUUUCGUACGAACUUCGUCCAGAUGAGCAACGCAUAGAAGCCAUUAUCCGGCAAGUUGGAGACAGUAUCAUAGAUCGAUGCAAAAGCAUAGCAGAAAACAAGGUUGGCAUGGACAGCAUACACGAUCUUUACAUGGAUUUUGUAAAGGAAAACCAGAAAGAAUUGAAUGAGCAGCUUUCAAAUGUGUAUGAAGAAUUAUGGAAGGUGACUAAAUCCAGAGAGAACUAUCGUGAUUAUUGUGGCAAGCUUGUUUUAGUUAUCCACGGGUUAAUGGAGGAAAUCCUUAUUCCGCUGCUAUCUUUUACAAAUGCAAAUAAAGAGGAGCAUUUAGAGGAUAUGCUUGAGAAAGAUAGAUCAAAGUAUGAUACGGCAUACGAGUUGGUUCGUAUUCUGGAAGAUAAACUAAGAAAAUGUGAGGGAGUGUUUGUUCAUGAGCAUUACGAAACCAUAGAAGACACCGAGGAGAAGAAGGGAAAGCUAGACGAGUACUUGAAGGUUGUUGAUUAUCUUAAGGCUCAGACAAACUCCAAGCUUCUGUUUGGAUUGAAGAAGUUGGUUAAAACGUUUGAGGAAGAGGAGCAGGAGGGGAAGGAAAAACGCGACAUUGACUGA